AUGGCGCGCCACGCUUCUCUUCGGCGCCACCUCGUCGUGUGCUUCCUCUGGCUCUGCGCCGCCGCCGCCGUCUGCCGCGCGAGGGACCUGCAGCCGGUGCGCGAGGCGCAGGAGCCGCUCAUGGUGAAGAGCUACGGGUACGCUUCCUUCGACCGGGACGUGGACGCCCCCACCCUGAGCGUGCUCAAGGACGCCAGCAUCAACGGCGGCGCUCUCCAGCUCACCCCGGACACCAUGAACAACAUCGGCUACGUCAUUCACAAGUCCGGCUCCGUGCUCCUCAACCGGCCCUUCAAGCUCUGGCGCACCCUUCCCGACGACCAGAUCGCGGCCGGUGGCAACGGCACAAGCACCACCCGGGUCCGCGUCGCGUCGUUCAACACCACCUUCUCCAUGAACGUGUACUACGAGGACGCGAUCCCCGGCGAGGGCCUCGCGUUCGUCAUCGCGCCGUCGCUAGCCAGGCCACCGCCCGGCAGCGAGGGCGGGUUCCUCGGCCUCACCAACGCCACCCUACAGGCCGCCGGCCCGGCCGCGAACCGGUUCGUGGCCGUAGAGUUCGACACCUUCAACCAGAGCUACGACCCCAGCGCCAACCACGUCGGCCUCGACAUCGGCUCCGUCGUGUCCAACGUCACGGCCAACCUCGCAGACUUCAACAUCACCAUCGCCACGCAGCCCAAGAAUUCCGCCAACUACACAGUCUGGAUCGAGUACGACGGCGUGGGCCGGAACAUCACGGUGUACAUGGGCGCCCGGGGGAAGCCGAGGCCGGGAACCCCGGUCCUGGCUGCGCCGCUCGACCUCAGCGAGCACGUCCCGGAGCACGCGUACAUCGGCUUCUCAGGGUCCACCGGCGCCGCCUACGAGCUCAACUGCAUCCUGGACUGGACCCUGUGGAUCGAGACCUUCCCCGAGGACAAGGUGAAGAAGUGGUGGAUCGUCCUCGUCGCCGUCGUCGGCUCCGUCGGCGUGGCCGGCAUCGCCAUUGCCGCCUUCUUCCUGGCCAGGAUAUCGCGGGCGCGGCGGGCGGUGGAGCAGCGGCAGGCGCGCCUCGGGCACACGCUCAGCCACCUCCCCGGGAUGCCCAGGGAGUUCACCUACGAGAGCCUCAGGAAGGCGACCAACAGCUUCCACGAGCAGCUCGGGGAAGGAGCGUACGGCGUCGUCUACAAGGGGACGCUCCCCGCCGAGGCCGACGACGGCCGGGCGGAGGCGAGAAUUAUUUUUGCUAUUGCAGGUUGGUGCUACAAGAAAGGGCAGCUUCUGCUGGUUUACGAGUACAUGCCCAACGGGAGCCUGGACCAGCACCUCUUCCCGCGCAGCCUGGCGGGGCAGCUCGCGUCGCCGCUCACCUGGGCGAGCCGAUACGCCAUUGCCAAGGACGUCGCCUCGGGGCUCCACUACGUGCACUACGAGUACGGCCCCAUGGUGCUCCACCGUGACAUCAAGGCCAGCAACGUCCUCCUCGACGCCUCCUUCUCCGCCCGCGUCGGCGACUUCGGCCUCGCCCGCGUCGUCGACUCCGACAGGACCUCCUACAUGGACGCCGGCGUCGCCGGCACGCACGGCUACAUCGCGCCGGAGUACUCCAUGGGCCACAGGGCCUCGCGCCAGACGGACGUGUUCGCCUUCGGCGCGCUGGUGCUGGAGCUCGUCACCGGCCGCCGCGCGCUGCUCCGCGACGCCAGCUGCCCGCUGCUCGUGGACUUCGUGUGGCGGAUGCACGGCCGCGGCGCGCUGCUGGGGGCUGUGGACCAGGGCCUCGGCACGGCGGAGUUCGACGCCGACGAGGCCACGCGGCUCCUCCUCCUAGGGCUGGCCUGCAGCAGCCCUAACCCCGGGGACAGGCCCACCAUGCCGGAGGUGCUGCAGAUCCUGUCCAAGUCGGCGCCGCCUCCGGAUGUGCCGCCGGUCAAGCCGACUUUCAUAUGGCCGCCGGAGGGAGGUGCGCGGUUCAGCAUCAGCGACAUCGAGAUGAUGACCAGCGGCGGAGGCAGCUACGCCGGCACGGGCGACGGCUCGUCCAUGCGCCCGACGCAGGACAGGUCGUCCUACGACAGCUUCAGGCCGCUCACGGCGCCCAACAACAGCCAGGAAUACUUCCCCGCGCUGUCCUCCGGCCGGUGA